AUGAGAUGUUCAGAUAUUAUACUAGUAGACCACUGGAUACCAGAUACAUGUAAAUCCAUUAUAUUUUCGCAUUUUAAUCAACAAUUAACUCGUAAUAUCAUUGGUAAUAGUCUAACAUCCAUUGAUUUUGGCAAGGAUUUUAAUCAAUCAUUAAGUGACAAAAAUGGUAUACCAUGGUUACCAAGAACAUUAAAAUCUUUAACUUUUGGAAAAUCUUUUCAACAUUCAAUUCAUAGAGACGAAAUACCACCAUCACUUACAUCAUUAAUAUUGGAUCCAAAAUAUAAAGGAGUAAUCGAAUAUGGAUCAAUACCAAAAUCGGUAACAACUCUUCAUUAUUAUUUUGAUUCUAAGGGUGGUGCUAAAUUAGACUCAACAUCGAUACCAGGUGGUACAACAUCAUUAGAGUUUGAUUCUUUUUUUGACCAGACCAUUGAAAAAGGUAUGAUUUCACACAAUGUUACAUCGUUGAAAUUCAGUUUCUGCAAUAGUAUAAUUAAAUCAAAUUCAUUACCUAUCUCAAUUAAAACUCUACAUCUUGGUAGCAACCAAAACUUUCCUCGAGAUGUCUUCCCACAAGCAAUUACAAAUUUAUCAGUAUAUACAUUCUCUGAUAUCAAAAUAUUACCGAAAACAAUUCAAAAACUAAAAAUAAUGGAUUUUAGUCCUCCUUCCCAAUUAGAUAACCACUCUUUUUAUUUUCUUAAAAAUUUAACAUCAUUGAACUUUGAUGCAAAACAGGUGGAUUUAACCAAUGUAAAAUUCCCAAAUAUUAUUUCAAGAUUAACUUUAGCAGUUUCAGAUUAUUUGGAAUUUAAUGAUUGUCUCUUACAAAAUAAUUUUAAAAAAUUAAAAUUAUUUAAUUUUAAUCAACCAUUAAAUGUUGGAGAUUUACCAUCAUCAAUAGAGGUAUUAAAGCUACCACAGUACAAACAACCAAUUUAA